UCGCUAUAAAGGAAAGAAACAGAGAUUGCUUACUAAGGAGAGAGAGAAACAAAGAGACAGCUCAAAGAAAUCAAAAGAAGAAGAAGAAGAAGAAGAAGAAGAAGAAGAAAGAUGUAUAAUCAAGAACAACAUCCUGUCGGUGCCCCUCCGCCCCAAGGGUAUCCUCCUAAGGACGCUUAUCCUCCGGCCGGUUAUCCUCCGGCCGGUUAUCCGCCGCCGGGAUAUGCUCAGGGAUACCCUGCACAAGGAUAUCCUCCGCAGCAGUACUCUCAAGCUCCGCAACAAAAGCAACAAGUCGGUAUGCUCGAAGGAUGUUUGGCUGCGCUCUGUUGUUGCUGUCUCUUGGAUGCAUGUUUCUGAUCGGAGGAUUAUGCGUUGAUUGAUGAUUCUAUUUCAUUAUAUGUAAUGUAAAAGACAAAGACGUUGUCUCGUUCUUUGUUGUUUAUCUUUCUUUCGUUUCGAACUAUGUCUUUAAAUUUUUGCAUCUUGUGGAUUAUUGACUCGACCAUGACCCA